AUGGGUAGAGAACUCGCCAUUACCCUCACCACCAUGGAGGAGCCCAGCCUGGGGGCACGCGUGCUUGGGCAAGCUGCUUACGCAUUCACACAGGUCCAGCCUAUGAUACCGACAUAUACGCACCUGAUCGCAUCGGCGUUGUUUCCCAUAUACGCGGGCGCACAUGCCUCGCUCACACGACCGUCAUCCGCCGCGAAACCCACGAAGCGCAAGAGCAAACAAGAGGAUCAAGACGUCGAUGAAGACGAUGAAGAGGGAGGGGAGGAAGAGCAUAAGAUGGAGGGCCUCGCGCCUACAGAUGCCAUCAUGAUGCCUCUUUUCGCGGGAUGUGCACUUGCGGGGCUCUACUUCCUGCUCAAAUGGCUGAAGGACCCGCACUAUCUGAACCUCAUCCUCAAUUGGUACUUUGCGCUCUUCGGCGUUUUCGCCGUCUCGCGCCUCGUCACAGACGCCCUUGACAUUGGUCAUUCCAUAAUCUAUCCUCGCCGUUUCGCUCGCAGUGGUGCGCUAUACCAUGUAGACCAGAAGCAGAAGGCAGCCGUGCCGGUCGCUGGCAAGGUCAAGGACAAGAAACAAUUACCAUCGCCUCUUCCGGGCUUCCUGUCCUACAUUCCGCUCUCAGAGGGCGCGAAGAGGUUUCUUUGGUCAGACCGAGCGAUGCCUGGCAACAAAUGGACACUUCGUCUCUACAUACAUCGUCUCUUCGCUGGCAAGUUCCUGCUCGGGCCUCAUGGCAUGGUUGGAGCGGUCGUCUCUGUCGCUGUCUGGGCCUUUUUCAACUUCGUGGACAAGCCUUGGUACUUGACCAACCUCAUCGGCUUUGGCUUCUCCUACGCUGCGCUGCAGCUCAUGUCUCCUACAACGUUUGCGACUGGGAGCCUGAUCCUGGGCGCACUCUUCUUCUACGACAUCUACUUCGUCUUCUAUACACCCAUGAUGGUCACCGUCGCUAAGAGUAUCGACGCUCCGAUUAAGCUUGUCUUCCCUAGGCCGGACGCAGCCGACUCGGUGUCCGAUAAACCUCAGUACGCAAUGCUCGGUCUCGGCGACGUCGUACUGCCUGGCAUCAUGAUCGGCCUCGCUCUCCGUUUCGACCUCUUCGUCUUCUAUCUCCGCCGCCAAAAGUGCACACAUGCCAUCGAGGGAAAAGGCGAGGUGGUGGAGAAACCCAAAUACUUCUCGCUUGCCGGAAAGUGGAGUGAUCACUUCUGGAGCCACUCUUUUUUUGGUCGGCCUUUGUGGGCUUCAGAAGCUGGCAAGCCCGAGCCGCCUUUUACGUUCCCGAAGACUUAUUUCAAGGCGAGUCUAACUGGGUAUAUUCUAGGCAUGUUUGCUACCCUGAGUGUUAUGCAUAUCUGGGGCCAUGCACAGCCUGCACUGCUGUACCUCGUUCCUAGCGUGUUGGGAAGCUUGUGGUUGACAGCUCUCGUCCGCGGCGAGCUGGAACUGAUGUGGAACUUCAGUGAAGAAAGCGAGGAAGAAGAGGAGAGCAAGGAGAAGACAGCCAAGAAGGAAGGAGACAAGAAGCAUCCACGCGAGCGCGAGAGCGUCUUCUCGCUGUCAGACAAGAAGGCGCAAGAGCGUGAGGAGCGCAUGAAGAAGGCGGUCAGCAAACACGUCGCUGCGGACUCUGAUGGUGAAGAGGACAACAAUAGAGAACAUCCGAAAGACAAGGUCAAGGCAGUGGCUCGUCACAAGUCCCGCCGCGAGGUAUUUUCAUUCUCGAUCGAGGCCCCCCACGACUUGAAACAUCCGCGGUCGUUGGUGGAUGGCAAGAAAGAGAAGGAGAAUGGGGAUAAUGACAAGACGAAGGAGCAUGAAUCGAAGUCAGCUACGACAGUCACCAACGCGGACGAGGACAGUCACGCCGCUAAGCGUGUGCGCCUGAACUAG